AUGUUAUUUCCGCGUCAUCGCUUCUCUGCUCCAUUUGAGCCUCGAGAACAGCAUGCAGUGCGACAGAAGUUUUGGACGGUCCGAAGAGAAAUUCUUGCUACGCUAUGUGACACGAAAGUGAACGUUGGAGCAUUGAAAAACUCGAUAAAAAAGCACCUCUUUUUGCUAAUUUUUCACGAUAAACUGUUGAUUCACGCUGUCAUACUUUUUCUACGUAAAGUGGAAACCAUACUGCAUAAGCGCUGCCGUCUCAUUCUACAGUCGCAUUCGUACACGAUGGAAAGCACGUCCGCGCAAAACAACAAUGAUUCAUGGAAUCCAGAGUCGCGCCCUCGUGCUUUUACUUGUCCAGACCAGUACAUACGUCCGCACGGUAGCAUCAGUAGCGGUGAACAAAGUACUGCUCCAGGUGCCGCAGCAUCUGAAGCUGAAGCGGUGUUUGUUACAAGUCCGAGUGCAGUGGUGGCGCAGCAGCUGGAAUCUCGACUCAAUGUAGCAGAACCGGAAGUGGACAGCUGCUACAAUAGUGCAGAAAUUUUGGCGGACAAUUCCGUCCAGCAAAUGGUACAACAAAUUGCGCCAAACAAAUCGAUUCAGAAUGUGGCUCAAAUUGCGCCGAACUGUUCCAACCUGAGUGUGGUUCAAGUGCCGCCGAGCGAUGCCAUCCAGAAACUGACUCCAGUCAUACCCAAUGGUUCCAGCCAGAAUAUGUUUCAGGUUGCGCCAGGCGGUUCCAUCCAAAAUACUACUCAAAUUGUGCCCAGCGACUCUGGCCAGGGCUUGGCGUUAAUUGUGCCGAAUGGUUCCAGUCAGAAUUUAGUUCAUCCGGGAGCUCCUGUCCAGGAUCUAGCCAAAAUUAUGUCCAACAGUUCUGGUCAGAAUGUUCAAGUUACGCCGAGUGGUUCCAUCCAGAAUACAACUCAAAUUAUGCCCAGCGGUUCAAACCAGGGCUUUGCCAAUGAUUCUAGCCAAAAUGUGAUUCAGUCGGGAGCCCUAGCUCAAAUUGUGCCCAAUGGUUCCAGCCAAAAUGUUCUUCAAGUUACACCGAACGGUUCCACCCAGGUCCAAAUUGUGUCAGGCGGCUCCAGCCAAGAAGUGGCUUUAAUUGUGCCCAAUGAUUCCAGUCAGAAUGUGGUUCAGCCGGGAACUCUGACUCAGAAUCUGGCUCAAAUUAUGCCCAGUGGUUCCGGCCAUAAUAUUGUUCAGGUCACGCCGGAUGGUUCCAUCCAGAAUACGACUCAAAUUGUGUCCAACGGCUCCAGUCAGGGAGUGGCUUUAAUUGUGCCCAAUGAUCCCAACCAAAAUAUGGUUCAGGUUGCGCCAGCCGGACCGAUUCAGAAUACGGCUCGAAUUAUGCCCAAUGGUUUUAAUCAAAAUGUGGUUCAAGUUGCACAAGAUGGUCCCAUCCAGAAUGUGGCCGAAACUGUGUCCAGUGGUUCCAACCAAAAUGUGGCUCAGGUUGCGCCGAGUGCUCCCGUCCAAAAUGUGGCCCAAAUUGUACCCAGAAAUUCCACUUGGGAUGCGGCUCAAUUUGCAUCUGGCGGCCCCACCCAGACUGUAACUCGAAUUAUGCCUAAUAUCUCUAGCCAAGAUGUGAUGCAAACUCCGCUCGAUGCUGCCAGCCAGAAGAUGAUGAAAUUUUGCCCCCAGCGGUCGUGCCAGGAUUUGAUGCAAAUUAAGCCGGGCAACGACACGUUUCAUCGGCCGACUUCUGUCCGAUCGCGAAGCAACAGUAUCCCAGAUUCGGGACAAACUAAAGUUUUUCUUCGCACUGUAAGCUCGCUAAACCAGCAACCGAAUGUUGCCAAUCAGACACAGUUACUGCCAGUCGCAAUGCAGCCUCCUCCUCUACCCGUUGCUUCAUCGACAUCAAAUACUCGGGCCACUGCAGCAAGAACUGCUUGCUGCUUACCGUCCACUCCGGAUGUGAAAUUACGGCGAGGGGCAUCACGUGUGAGAGCGGUUCAAGGCCUGGCAAAAGCCAGCAGCGACUCGUCGUCUGGCCCUCUGGCGCAGCCUGGGAACGUAGGUUCCAUGCAGAAUUUGACGCCAGUCGAUUCGAAGCUUGCUUCCUUUUUUGAAAGCUCAGUGCAGAGUAGCAACAGUGACUCGACGUAUAGUUUAGCGCAGUUGACACCGGUAGAUCUACGGGUUCUUUCUACUGAAAGUUUACCAGCAAACCACAGUGACUACAGCAACUCUGCAGACGACUUCCAAAUCCCUCGAGCCGGCACAUAUCCGGAGACGAAUUUACGGCCUUAUAGACACCCCACUGCGGUGCCCGCUCAGCAAGUCACCGAUCCGCAGCGUGCUGCCGGAACAUCAGGAGCACCUGUUGUUCCCGCUCAGAAUCUGACUGUCACACGUUAUGCUCCAGCGAGCGCCACGAGAUCUAUCAAAAUUGUGGAUGGUGACUAUACAAGGAUAACUGAUAAAACUGUAGCACAGAACGGUCUAUGGUUUUGUGGCUGUCCAGAAUUCAAGUGCGGGGUGUGUAAUGAAAAAUAG